AUGAAGUUCCUACCUCUUCCCGAGUUCGAGGAUGUCACGAGCUCGUUAAACUUCGAUACAGCGGAUUGUCACAUCGUGGGGGGAUGCGAUUUGUACACAACCAAGGCUGCCCGAUCCGAUCGAAAACUCUACAAUCACAUCGAACAAUCCCUUGAAGCCCAAUAUGAAUCUAUCCUACGUCUCUCGGCAUCAUUGUCCCCACCAAACGCUCACGAUGCGGCCGAGACGCUGAACCUAUCCCGAUCGAGUCCAUUUGGCCCCCUGAGCGAGCAUUCCAGUCGGCGCACCUUUGCCUAUCUCAUCGCGACGCUAAAUGCCAGCCAUCCGGACUACGACUUCUCACAUGUGCUGAGACCCACUGAUUUCCGGCGGGAGCGACACAUGAAGCGCGUGAUGAACCAGGUCAACUCCACACUAUUCAACCUCCGCCCUCGCGAGUCAAUCGAUCUCUCUCCAUCAUCGCCAGCCACCCUUUCUGGAUCAUACAAUUCUAGCUCCCCAGCCUGGGGUCCUCGGAUGUGGCAGAUUAUGGAUGAGCACAUGUCUUUGAAGGAGUGCUCGGUCUACUCGUACUCUCCCGAAGAGGACCCAUCCGACGCCGAUGACGGAGCGAUCUGGAGCCUGCACUACUUCUUCUUCAACCCUUUGAGGAAGCGUGUUUGCUACCUCUAUCUCCGUGCAAUUCCAAUUCUCAGCCACACACCUCCUGAAGAUAGCGAGGUUGCUACUACGCCUACUGGCAAGCGGACAUUCGACGACGGAUACCUGACACCCGACUUGAGCUCGAGCAAGCGAGCCCGGUACUGGUUCGGGAAUCGGGCUGAGUCCUCGUUGCAUCAUUCUGAUAACGCGGAUGAUGACGAUCAAUACAUCCUCAGUGAUGAGGAAUCUCGUUCGCGCAGAGGCAGCAAGGGCAUGGUCCGUGCGAUGAGUGAGGAGCUUGUGGAUACCAUGGAGAUAUGA